UUAAUGAUUUAUUGUCUGCUACCUGGGACUUGUUGCUAAAUCAGUACGUAUCGACGAGGCUGGCCUAUCCUACUACCCCUGGACCUAUUCCCUAUUUAUCGGCUUACGAUACCCUUUCACCUUGCUACUCACAGUUCGAAGUAUUCGGCGUCCUGUGGCUUUUCCUCGAUGCUCGUCUGGACACGUCACGCGGACGUCCGGAGGGCAGAGCUGGGAGCCGACUUGAACGCGGGCCUCUUGAAGUGAACGUUGUAAAGAGGGAGCGGUUCCACCAUUGAAGGUGACGCUGUGAGCUGAGCACGUGGAGCCAUGGCUACAGAUGACAGAUUCAAGAAGAAGACAGAGCAGGUGCGGAUUCUACUGGAUGACAUGAAGAAGCUCUCCAGGUUUGACAAUUCUACCAUCCCAACCCUGCAGAGAAUUGAUGGUCUCUAUGAUCCAUACAACAUGGAGGAGCGAUCCGCCCUAGAAAGAGCCUUCCACAAGGAGGGGGGUGUAGAGCUCUACAUGAAGAUGCUAACGUUCAUCUCGCCGGACGCCUCCAACAUCCCAGACUCCCUACAGAGAGUCAUGGAGUGGAGUUUGGGGAACCUCAUGGAUUAUGUUGGUACCACAGAACUGAGUCAGACCUUCGUGGACUGUGGAGGCCUCAAGUACCUGCUGAGCUUUCUCAAGCACCACGCCUACCAGGGCCUCAUGCUGCGCUUUGAAUACAAAAACACGCUGAGGUUUGCCACUGCAACGCUUGAAAACCUGAGCAUGGAGCCGGAGCUGAAGUCGUGCUUCCAUCAGGAGCUGGCGGCGGAUGUACCGGCCUGCUACCUGGACGUGCCCGAUGCACCCUGCAAGCUCUCAGCUCUGGACACCCUGGCCAGGGUCUCCAAUGAGCAGGACCUGGACAUCAUCUGUAACGCACAGGGAGCCAUCUCCCUGCUGACGGACAUGGUUAACCGGCCCUCAUACAAGGACUACACGGCGCUGGAGAACAUCCUGUACUCAUCCACGGGGCUGGUGGAGACUCUCACCAUGAUCUCCAUUACAGCCGGCAUCCGCAGGAAGACGCUGCAGUCGGGAGCCGAGCUGGAUCAAGAGGCACUGCAGGAAAUUCUCCCCAAGCUGAGAGAGAAGCUGAAGGUGGAGACAAAGAGACGAGAUUACAGGCUCGAGUGGGGAGACAUCGCCGUUCCCCAGAACCGCAUCUUUGGGAAUAAAUGGCCAAAGUCAGAGGACGGCAAAGUCUACGUGCCCUACAAGGUGUCCCUCGCCUUCUUUGAUGGCGAUGUCAAGAAGAUCGAGGAGGCGGCGCUGGAGUUUGAGAAGAGAACGUGCGUCCGGUUCAUCCCUCGCUCCAACGAGACCGACUACAUCUACAUCCACGCGUGGGAGGGGAACUGGUCGUUCCUUGGCUGUCAGGGUAGGGACCAGGCGCUGUCCUUGAACCCCGGUAAGGUGACCAAGGGCGUUGUUCUGCACGAGUUCAUGCAUGCGCUCGGCUUCUACCAUGAGCACAGCCGCAGCGAUCGUGACAACUACGUAUUAGUGCUGAGUGACAACAUCAAGCCAGAAUGGAAGCAUGCAAUGGUGAAAACAAUACUCCAUGAGACCAACCGUGAGACCAACCGUGAGACCAAUACGAUAACUCCGUAUGACUACAGCUCCAUCACCCACUACGGCAUGACUGCUGGAUCUAAAGAUGAGCACAGCCCCACCAUGCUACCCAGAGAUACCAGCACCAUGCAUCGCUUUGGUGGCGGCCACACCCUGAGUGAUGGCGAUGUGGAGAAGAUCGAGAAAAUGUUCGACUCCGAGCCGGCACCACGGAAACGAAGAGGAGCAUUCUUGUAUCACCAGAACGUAUCUGCAGGAGCUGGCCCCAUGCUCAGAGACGUUGGUGUCUCGGAUUACUCCCUCGUGGAUGUGGUGGGAGUCUGGAAUCAGCUACCCAAGGAAAUUAAGGAAAACAAAGUGCGAGGUGCUUUCACUGGGUGUGGAGUCAGUGACAGAGUCUCCGCAAAGAAUGGCAGCCGCUGGCCCCAGGACCGGAAUGGCAACGUCUACAUCCCAUACAAAGUGUCUUCAGACUUUUAUGACUGUGAUAUGGAGAUCAUCACUCGGGCAGUGCAGGAGUUUGGGAACAAGACCUGUGUCCAUUUCAAAAUGUACAGCAUGGAGAAGGACUUCAUUCACAUCCAAGCACUGGAUGGGCCUCUUAGUAAGAGCUGGUCACUGCUGGGGAAGCAGGGGGGGGAGCAGCCGCUGUCUCUAGAGCCUGGGAAGGUGACCAAGGGCGUCGUUCUGCACGAGUUCAUGCAUGCGCUCGGCUUCCACCACGAACACUGCCGCAGCGACCGCGAUGACCACGUCUUUGUUCUGAGUGACAACGUCAAGCCCGAAUGGAAAUGCCAAAUGGUGAAAAUUGAAUCAAAUCCUCAGGAUUUGUCAGCGCCUUAUGACUACAACUCCAUUCUUCACUACAGCAUGACGGCGGGCUCGGUGGAUGAGCGCAACCCGACCAUCAUCCCCAAGAACCCGCUCCUCAUGCUGCACAUGGGGCAUGGCAAUUCCCUGAGCCCCUGCGACGUGGCCAAGGUGCAGAAGCUGUACGGAUACGAGGUGGCAGCUCAGACGCCUCCACCACCGUUGGAGAGACCCUCUGCUCCAGCUGGCACUCGUGCCGAAAUGGAGGUGGUGGCCAGGAGCCAGGACAUGCCCCUGCACCGCCGCGUGGGCCUCUGGAGGAAGAAGACUGAAAAAGAAAUCAAUGAAGAAAAAAAAGAAAAAGAAAAUAAUUUGGAGAUGAAAGUGAAGACUAUUAAAAGAAUGAUAGAAAAUGCAAUCAGCAUGACCAGCUUUGACGAAUCUACAAUCACAAGUCUAGAGUGCCUUCAUGAAAUGCUGUCAGCUGAUGGUCCAGAGGAGGAGACUGCUGCUCUGCACCUGGCUUUCAAAGGGAAUGGGGGCCCUGAACUGCUCAUUAAGAUCAUGGAUUCUCCCAAACCUCGCGACUUAAGAAUCCUACUUCUGGAUCUCCUAACCAAGAUCUCCAGUGCCAUGGCGAUUCAUGAUUCAGGGCUGGUUGGUGGAGUUAUCUUACUGAAGGCUGGGGACAUUGCUGGAGAUCCCACAGAGAAAACUGUGGAAUGGCCCAAACACCAGGAUGGCAACGUGUACAUCCCAUUCAACAUCUCUAUUGCUUUCAAUUCUCGAGACAAGAAUGAGAUGGACGAAGCCUUCGGAGAAUUCCAAAAGAAGACAUGUGUCCGCUUUGUUGCAAGAAAACAGGAGCUGGAUUACAUUAACUUCCAGGCACUGGGCGGGAGCUGGUCCUUCCUGGGCAAGAAGGGAGGGGCUCAGUCCGUGUCCCUGCAGCCCGGGAUGGUGGACAGGGGCACGGUUCUGCACGAGUUGAUGCACGCGCUCGGCUUCCACCACGAGCACUGCCGCAGCGAUCGCGAUAACCACGUCCACAUCCAUGAGGACAACAUCAAGGAGAAUGAUCUGUGCCAAUUUAAACGUCUUGAAUUAAGUGAGCGUGACUACGGACAGCCUUAUGACUACAUCUCCAUUACACACAAUAGCAGACAUGCAUCAUCAAUCGAUGGAGUCAGCCCCACGAUUGUGCCGGUUCAAGACAAGAAAACUCCGAUCGGUCAGAGGGACUUCCUCAGCCCACUCGACGUUCUUAAAAUACAGCGCAUGUUCCAAGGCGCCGUGGCAGCCAGCGGUAGAGAUGAAGCGCUGGAGAAGGCCUUGGCCGAGACGGUUGAUCUUAUGCAGUCCAUGGAUGAAACUCCUUCAGAGCUUCUGCGGUUUCUGGCAGAAGACAUGCGAGGACCAGAAUUGAAAAAGAAAGUAGAUGAAGUUUUGAACAUUGUAAAGGAAUUGAAAAAUCUGCCCAGCUGUAACUACGCCAUGGUUGAGCUCCUGGAAAGGCUAAAGAAAAUUAUGACUUUUGUUGAUUCCACGUGGGAGGAGAAAUUUGCCCUGAAAACAGCUUUUGUCAAGAAUGGUGGCCCAGAGAUGUUUGAGAAGAUCCGGACGUCUGCCUCCCGAGAGGGCUCAGGCGUGCAGCUCCAAGAGACGACAGAGCUCAUUGAGGACGUAAUGAAGACGUUUACGCCAGAGCAUAAAACAGGUGUGAAGGACAAUACAUAUCUACUGAAGGAGAUAACCAGCCUAAAAAAGCUCUCUACAUUUGACUUCACUGUCGUCAAGCCAUUGAUAAACAUUCUGAACAUGCUGAGUGUGGAGCACACCGAGAAGGAGAAAGUGGACGUUAAGGAGGCCUUUCUGCGGCAGGGAGGUGCAGAGCUGCUCAAGAAGAUCCAGGACACUCCCACCCAAGAUGACUCUGAGAUCCCUCUCCAAAUCGUCACUGAGAUCAUGUUCCAAAUGCUGAUGACUUACACUGUGGACGUUAGUGCAAAACUAGAGAAAGAGAUUGAAGACAUUUACACAGAUUUAAUUCCGCUGAUGACUUUUGCCAGCUUUGACCAUUCUACGGUAAAGGCCCUGCAAACUAUAUGGAACAAGUUGAAUGCCGUCCUUUCAGUGGAGAAGAGACUUCUUGCCAAAGCGGCUUUUCUUCGUGCAGGGGGACCAGAACUGUUCAAGGAAAUGCAAAAGUGCCUACAAAGUGACGCUGUGGAAAACGGACUUUUGGAAGUGAUGAUGGACAUUUAUACACUGAUGAUGGAUUUUACUUUCACAUCGAUUCAAGCACAUCAUGAAAAUGAAGAUACGUUUCCAGAACCUGAAGAAAUUAAAGCUCAGAAAUGGCAUCAUGUGUUUAAAGACAUUCUCCGCCGAGUGCCAAGACUAUUACGACACAGGCAACGCGGCGCACCCUCAAGGACGGGCACAGACGGCGUUAUCGGAGGAACGCAUACUCAAGAGUGAAUGAAACUAAUUCUUGUUGACCACGCUUAAUAACAAUUUGCUCCUAUAAUGAGCCAAGAAUGUGUCCCGCGUGUGACGUCACUCCACAUGGACCAGCCCCCCUCAUUAAUAAUCAUGAGCAGUUAAUGUCACUCCACAUCGAACAGCCCCCCUCAUUAAUAAUCAUGAGCAGUUAACGUCACUCCACAUCGAACAGCCCCCCUCAUUAAUAAUCAUGAACAGGUGACGUCCUCCAAAUGGACACAACCCCUCCAUUAAUAAUAAUUAGCGGGUGACGUCUCUCCAUAUGGGGGGGCAAGGCACCUCCUCCCCCCUCCUCAGCGUUAACUUACAACCCUCACUCCAAAGGCAGAACCCUCACGUCACGCAAUCUCCAUAACGCUGUUGAGACAUAGAAGUAAAAAGGGCGUCAUGAUGAACAAGGAUUUAUAACCUUUAAAUGAAAUAAUUCUGUGUCACCGCGGCCGUACAAAAUACACACGAAUUUAUGGAAUGAAUAUCACGUCGCGGUCUGCUUUUCACUUGCAAGUUCCAGAUUUACUGCAAUACACCCGUCCUUUGACGGGCAAAAGGCUAGUUAAUAUUAAUCACUUAACAGCCAUUGCUUAAUAUUAAUUACUUAAGCAUUGCUAUGUAGCUUUAUUUGCACAAUUCUCUCAGUUUUUAAACUAAACUUGUAUUUACCAGGUAAAGCCCGCGGAGCUAUUGCCUUCUUUUCAGAGUUGAUCUAGCCACGCAUCGUAGGAGCCACAAUCUCAAUGCACGUUUCUAAAUAUGAAGGGCCAUACCGUAGUCCUCAUAUAAUUAUCCACAUGACCGCAGGGACUACAUACAAUUUCUGUCAGGAUCAGGAUCGAAUCCAUGCGCUCCUGCAUACCAGCCGAGGGAAAUAACAUCACCACCGCGUGAUUGUGCUUUCAUUUGAAUGAAGCCACUUAUGUAAUAGAUAUUCCAAUAUAUUAUGACACAUGCAGAUGUUACAUGUAAAUGUCCAUUCAAUGUGUAUGCAAAUACAAUAAAACAUGAUUAAUCUGGGGUGAUAUGGUGGACGGGUUUCGCCCAUCCUAGAAUCUGUGGUGUACUGUGGGAAUAACUUAUACGGUUCCCAAACCUAUACAACUCCAAAAAUCCGUGAAAAUUUAACGGAUGUUAGUCAUGUUUAGUCACCUGGCGAAAAACUCCAAAAUCCGUGUAUAUUUAAUUUUAGGAGUUACUGAACAACAAUUAAUGCCACAUUGCAGCGUGAGCUCACAGCAUGUGCUGCAGCUGGCGGGUGCUUGUAAGCCAUGCAGCGAGACUGUGUGAUGCCGCCGCCGCGAAGCCGCUCGGCGGGCGCCCCAUCUACGACCUCGCCACCACCAAGCGACAGGGCCGACCCCGCUUACCCCUCACCGCCCCCCACAUAAACACACCCUCACACAUUUCCCCCCCCCAUAGAGCUCCGAGGGGAAGUCACCUGGCCGGCAGGUUUUCACCCGAAAGCCCUCGAAGGGAUAAUCUUCACGGUUUCCUGCGGCCAGGGAAUUGGGUGACCUCCCCCGAUGCUAAUUCGCACCGCGGCGCUGUGACCUGGGUUGAGAUUGCAUGGUCACGGCGGAGGGCUGUCCAGCCACCACGGUUGAAACGCACCCCCACACACGUAUCGGCAAGGCAGGCAGGGGUCCACAGCCACGAACGAAGUGGAAGCCAAGGGGGGUGGCUGAUUGGCGUGGCAGGUGUGCGCGGCGACUGCCGCCGUGCAGCAGACCGCGGCGAGCCUGUGUUGCGGAAACCGCAUUCGAUUAGCAUAGCAAAGGUGCCCGUGGACCACCGCCGGCGCCGCAAUCGGCGGGGGACCCAUUGUUAGGGAAACUGGGAAUGCGGCUGAACGGACGCGGCAACCUGAUUGGCCGAGAGGGUCCUCGGGUCGGAGUUCUUUGAUGUAGGUUAAGGAUAAAGGGAGGGCACAGAGGGGUAAAGCGUUCUCUUGCUCCAAAAGUCAGCCCUCGGGACGGUCUCCAGCUCGGCCACUCAAACGUCCGUGUGACGCGUCGAGGUGAGCGGCGAGGACGAGACCAACGGAGCGCCGUGCGCAUCUAACCAUGAGUAAGAGGUAAAAGAGUAUUGGGAUUGAGGCUAGAAAAACCAAACCUGCUGAGAGCCUAUCAAAUUAGAUAAAUCGGGUACAGACCCUUGGGCGAUAGUAUAGGCCUGCCUUGCCGAUCUCUACUGACCCAACAGUGAAUCCCAGUCGGCCGAGAAUAAAUCAUUAAUA